AUGCCGCGUAGGCCGCCGACCGUCCGCUCUGGGAACAAGCCUGCUUCCGCGCCCGCCAUGGAGCCGGCUGACGACGGGCCCUGGGCCUACAGCCGCGCGGCGCUCGCCCGCCUGGAGAGGCUUCUGCGCUGCUCCCGCUGCGCUAAUAUUCUGAAGGAACCCGUGUGCUUAGGAGGAUGUGAGCACAUUUUCUGUAGUGUUUGUAUAAGUGACUGUGUUGGAUCAGGAUGUCCAGUAUGUUACACCCCAGCCUGGAUCCUAGACCUCAGGAUAAACAGACAGUUGGACAGCAUGAUCCAGCUUUAUAGUAAGCUUCGAAAUUUGCUACAUGACGAUAAACUUUCAGAUCCCAAAGACAACACAUCUAGGGCAGAUUUAUUUGGUAAUACAGAAAGGAAGAGGAAUUCAGUUAAAAUGUGGUUCAGCCCUCGAAGGAAGAAGGUUAGGUACGUAUUGAGUAAAGAGUCCAUGCUAACCCAGCCUGGAAAGGAAGAGGGUGGCAGAACCCAAGGAGCCUCCAUAUAUGAUUUUGUCUCUACAACUCCCCCUGAAGUUGUUCCUAAGAGGGCCAAAGCAGCUUCUAGAACAUCUGCAAAAAAGCAGCAGAAGAAAUCUUCAGCUGAGAUUAACCAGGAGGGGAAUUUAAGGCCAGAAACAGAUGAUAGUAGGUUUGAUUCCAAAGAGGAACUGAAGGAGAAGGUUGUCUCCUGUAGCCGAACACCAGUUGUGGAAAGUCCACAGGUAAAUGGUGAAAUAGACUUAUUAGCCAGUGGUUCUGCUGCAGAAUCUGAAUGUUCUGGAGGAUUGACAGAAGUCUCCUUACCAUUGGCUGAGCAUAUCGUGUCUCCAGACACUGUGAGCAAGGAAGAGACGCCUGAGAAGAAGGUCUGUGUAAAAGAUCUUCGUUCAAGAGAGCGUUAUGAAAAUCACAAAGGCUGCAGCAGGCCUUCUAGUCCUGUUUCUAAGAAUUGUGGGAGCAAUGUUCUGAGCCCCAGCAGAGAUGUCAUUAAACCAGCAGUGCUUACAGAAAAUAUGCUGUUGGUUGACUGUUCUUCGGCGUCUUCAGACCAAUUUCAAGUUGAUGUCACACUCAAGAGAAACAGUAACAUAUCAGAUGACUUCCUCAGCCUUUCACCGGGUGUACCCCCACCUCUGCUGAAUAAUUCAACUCAUGGACAAAUGAUGCCAAGCCCCUCCACAGUGAAGCUGUCACCCAGUAUUAUGGCCGGGAAGAGAAAUCACAGAGGAGAGACUUUGCUUCAUAUUGCUUCUAUUAAGGGUGAUAUACCUUCUGUUGAAUACCUCUUACAAAAUGGAAACGACCCAAAUGUUAAAGACCAUGCUGGAUGGACACCAUUGCAUGAAGCCUGCAGUCAUGGGCACCUGAAGAUAGUGGAAUUGCUGCUCCAGCAUAAUGCUUUGGUGAACACCACAGGCUAUCAGAAUGACACACCACUCCACGAUGCGGCCAAGAAUGGGCACAUAGAUAUAGUCAAGGUGUUACUGUCCUAUGGUGCCUCCAGGAAUGCUGUUAACAUAUUUGGUGUACGGCCUGUGGAUUAUACAGACAAUGAAAAUAUAAAAUCAUUAUUGCUGCCACCAGAGAAGAAUGAAUCAUUCUCUACUAGCCAGUGCUCAGUCGUGACUGCUGGACAGCGAAGGAAUGGGCCAUUGGUGCUGAUAGGCAGUGGACUUUCUUCACAGCAGCAGAAAAUGCUCAGCAAACUCGAGACAGUUCUUAAGGCUAAAAAAUGUGCUGAGUUUGACAGUACAGUAACUCAUGUCAUUGUUCCUGAUGAUGAAGCUCAAAGUACUUUGAAGUGUAUGCUUGGGAUUCUCAAUGGAUGCUGGAUUCUGACGUUUGAAUGGGUGAAGGCCUGUCUGCACAGUAAAGUACGUGAACAGGAGGAAAAGUACGAAGUUCCUGGAGGUCCACAGAGGAGCAGGCUCAACAGAGAGCAGCUGUUGCCAAAGCUGUUUGAUGGAUGCUACUUCUUUUUGGGGGGAAACUUCAAGCAUCAUCCAAAGGGUGACCUUCUUAAGCUCAUUGCUGCAGCAGGAGGCAAGGUGCUCAGUAGAAAGCCCAAGCCAGACAGUGAUGUGACUCAGACCAUCAACACAGUGGCAUACCAUGCCAACCCUGAUUCUGACCAGCGUUUCUGCACACAAUACAUCGUCUAUGAAGAUCUCUUUAAUUGUCGCCCAGAAAGGGUUCGGCAGGGCAAAGUCUGGAUGGCUCCUUCCACCUGGCUUAUCAGCUGUGUAAUGGCCUUUGAAUUGCUUCCUCUUGACAGCUGAGUGUCAUAUUGUGAACAUUUUAAGUUGAACAUGCAUGGUUUAUGGGAACCCAGCAAUUGUGAUGUGUUUGAUCAUUUAUGUUUUUAUCAGUAGGUAGAGCCAUUUAUAUUUCCCCCCUUAGAAUUGCAAUAUAAAACAACUGAUGCUGGAUUAGGAAUUCAUUUAGAUGCCAGUAUUGCUUUUAAGAUGUUUUUGUUCUCUUGAGGUUGUAGCUAUAACUUAGUGGUAGAGUCUUCAUGAACCAUGCGUGAGGCAUGAGGUUCCAGCCUGGGAACUGCAAGGAAGUUUUUAUUUUACAACUGGCCUGUGACUUUUGAUUGAUCAUGUCUUUCAGUUUUAUCAGUAUGUAUCACAGUUGAAUAAGUGAGAUGGCAUCACAACUACUUGUUAAUAUAUAAGUGGUCUAUUUAGCAUUUUUUAGUAAACAGUAUCGUCAGAUGAUCUAUUCUGCCUCAGUUACAAUGACAAUAGAGCAUCUAUCAAAGUGUGCCACUAUAAAGUUCUAUUUCUUUUUCUUACACUGUGUUUUAGUUUCUUAUAUUUUCUUGGCCUUCAUUCAUGUUUAUUCAGUUUUAAAAUCUG